AUGGAUAAUGAAUAUGAGCUUCGUAAGCUUCUCCUCGACACACAAUUUGCAUUGUCAGACAAUGAUAAAGACUAUUUAGUAUUUGUAAUUGGAUUGGAUAUUGGAAAACAUUUACAAAAUAGUAAAUUAGUUCACGUGUUUGAAGCAUUAAUUCAACGAAACAAAAUUUCAUCAAACAAUUUAAAUUAUUUAAUUGAACGAUUAGAAACAAUAAAACGACCGGAUGUGGCACAAUAUUUAAAAGCGCUUGAAAUAUCACCAUCACCUUUAUCAUCAAAUUUAAUCAAUACUCAUGACCUUGUUGACAUUGAUGAAGUGCAAAAUACAAAUAAUACAUAUGAAGAUGAAUCGUCUGAAUUAUCUAGUACAAAGUUGUUACAAGGAGUACCGAAUCAAUAUCUAUCGUUAAUAAAUCGUACUGAUAGUCAACGAAAUAUAGUUAUUGACGUGGAAUCUUAUCAUAGUAGUGGAUCAGUUUCUUGUUGGUUGACAGAAUAUUAUUAUUUGAAAAAAGCUGAAGAACAAUCGAUUAGCAAUUCAUUGCCCUGUUUUUUAUCAUUUUGUCUGGUACUACCGAAUUUAAGUGGUCAACUUUAUUCUUUAUGUCAUUCUCGUCAUCUAAAAUUAAUAAAAGAUGAUGACAACCUAAAGCAAGAGCUAGUAUAUUAUAUCGAAAAGAAGCAUAAGAAGUCUGCAAAGACAAUCGGUUUGUACAAAGCAAAUAAACUUAUAAAUUAUUUACAAACUCACAGAAUACUAUUGGAUCAGAUUGAUCUGAUCAUAUUCAAUGUUUGUACAUGUCGAUGUAUAAACAAUAAAAGUAAUGAGGAUGAAAUGCAAUCUUAUAUCACAUUAAUGAAAUAUCUUAAUGAUUUACACUUAUCAGUUGAUCAAAAACCAAGGGUCAUUGUUAUCAGAACAAAACCGUAUCAGGAAAUAUCACUUUGGGAUGAAUUAAUUUGUACUUACAAUCAACACUAA